UAACUCCUCGUUUAGCUUUCAACUCCACUAGUAACUUCUAAUCUUCUGUGAUCUCCUCUCGAUCCUUCAUUCAUGGCCUCUCAAACGGAGAAGAAGGAAGAAACCAUGAAGGUGAAGAUCACAGGCAAGACCCAAGUGAAGCCCAUUAAGAAACUGGGAAGAAGAGAAUGCCAAUUAGUGACCUUCGAUCUUCCAUAUUUGGCCUUCUACUACAACCAGAAGUUAUUGAUCUAUAAGGGCAGUUGUGAUCAUGACUUUGCAGACAAGGUGGCGAAACUCAAAGAUGGGCUUGCGCUAGUUUUGGAAGAUUUCCAUCAAAUGGCUGGGAAGCUUGGAAAAGAUGAAGAGGGAGUGUUCAGGGUUGAGUAUGACGAUGACUUGGAAGGCGUGGAGGUGGUAGAGGCCAUUGCUGAAGAGAUCAGUGUGGAUGAUCUAACGGCUGAGGAAGGCACCACCAGUUUGAAGGACUUGAUCCCCUACAAUGGGAUCUUGAACUUGGAAGGCCUUCACAGGCCUUUGUUGUCAGUGCAGCUAACCAAGCUAAAAGACGGACUCGCAAUGGGGUGCGCGUUCAAUCACGCCAUCUUAGAUGGGACUUCCACGUGGCACUUUAUGAGUUCAUGGGCCCAGAUAUGCAAAGGGUCCUCUUCAGUCUCGGUCCCACCCUUCCUUGAACGCACCGAAGCACGCAACACACGAGUCAAGCUCGACCUCUCUCUGCCCCCGGAUCCACUUAGUGUAAGCAACGGUGAUGCCAAGUCGGCACCACAUCUCGUAGAGAAGGUAUUCAAAUUCUCCGAAGCUGCCAUCGACAAAAUUAAGUCAAAAACCAACGCAAACCCUCCAUCGGACGGUUCAAAGCCAUUCUCCACAUUUCAAUCACUCGCAGCUCAUAUUUGGCGUCAUGUAUGCCAUGCACGUGAACUCAAACCAGAAGACUACACAGUGUUCACGGUCUUCGCAGAUUGCCGGAAAAGGGUCGAUCCACCGAUGCCGGAUAGUUACUUCGGCAACCUAAUUCAAGCCAUAUUCACAGCAACGGCAGUAGGAUUGUUAACGAUGAACCCACCUGACUUCGGAGCGUCUGUGAUACAAAAGGCCAUUGAAGCCCACAACGCAAAAGCCAUCGACGAGCGCAACAAAGAAUGGGAGAGCUCACCGAAGAUAUUCCAAUUCAAGGAUGCUGGGGUGAAUUGCGUGGCGGUGGGAAGCUCACCAAGGUUUCAGGUAUAUGAGGUGGAUUUCGGGUGGGGGAAACCGGAAAGCGUACGGAGUGGAUCGAACAACAGGUUCGACGGGAUGCUAUACUUGUAUCAGGGGAAGAGCGGCGGCAGGAGCAUCGAUGUGGAGAUCAGUUUGGAAGCUGGAGCGAUGGAGAGGUUGGAGAAGGAUAAAGAGUUCCUGGUGGACGUUUAGAAGAGAUCGUGCAUGCAUGCCAAUGUUCAAGAUUUGAUUUUAUGUGUAUCUAGGAACUGAGACGAAUUCAUGAUGUUUUGUUAUGGGAUUUGUUUGUUGUUGGUGGUGGUGAAGUAGGCGUGUAUGGAGAUGUUCAAGUUGGCGUUUGCUUUAUUAAUCAAUUAAUUAAUAAUAAUAUCAGUUCUUAGAAUAAUCAAUAUCAA